AUGUUUGGUUAGAUACUUUUGCCACAAUGUCAAGAAUAUUGUGUUGGUAUAUACAAGUGAGAGUGCUACCACUCAAUGGGUUAACAUUUGUUAUUUGUUAAUAUUUAUAGCUAAACCAGAUCGCCGUUUAGUACUCUUCUAUCUUGCCAAUGACAUCAUUCAGAACAGUCGAAAGAAAGGGAAGGAGUUCUCACAAUCAUUCAGCAAAGUCUUGGGUGACGCUAUGCAAUAUUUACGGUAUGUGCUGGAAGAUUUUCAAAUAAAUAUAGUGCUCAGAAUGCAGGGCUUCAAAUUUCCUGUAGUAAUGUACCCCUUUUUGGAAAAUCUCCACUCCUAACAAAUGAGACCAGAUCUGCCCCUGAUAUAUUCUAGACCUGCAGUUCCCUAUCAAAAAACAUCAGAUAGAUAUCAAUAUUUCUGAUAGACAUUUAUUAUCAAACUGUCAUAGAGGGACAAAGAAUUGUUGUGGAAUUGCCUCAGACUGAAACAUAUUGAUUAUUCAUUCACAACAAUUUGUCAUUGUAUAAUUUAUAUCUAAUUUCUGUUUUGUUGGCAAUAAUAUCUAGGGAUACUUCAAUUCGACCAUCUGUUGAGAGGGUGUUAAAAAUCUGGCAAGAGAGAAAAGUAUUUCAGAAAGAUAUGGUUCAGAAGCUACUGGACCAGUUGAAUAAUGGUACUGUUUCAUGUUUGUUCUAUUUCUUUAGUUCAUACUGUGAUAUAAUCUUAAACGAUUGGCCAGUGUAGGUAGUGGCAAUAAUAAGAAAGCUUUAGAUUGAUAGGGAUGCAACUACCUGAAAAAAUACAAGCAGAACUUCAACGAACAACCUUCUUAGGGAAGCUCAAAAUGUUGAAGUUCUCCUUGUAUUUUUCAGGCAGUUGCAUCCGCUUUCAAAGCUUUCAUACUGUGUUAUUCUGCUGCCCAUUUUAAGUUGCAGUACCCACAUAUGCCCUACUUUAUUAUUUUACUCUGUCUAACUCCAGACAAUUUUACUUGUCAAGGGGAGAGUGCUGUUAAUUAAGGCCUGUUUACACCAGUGAACUGUAAUAACACUGGAACGCUAACUGCAGAUAAACAUGCCCAUACUUGCCUGAAGCCAAAAUGGCGCUUCUCGCGAGCACGGCCAGCAAUAAAUUAACUUUCAAAAGGACUGGGGAGAGUUUUGAGGAGCGGGAAAUUCAGUCAAAAGUUUGUUUUUGAGCGAAAAUCAGCAAGAAAAAGUACUUUUUUAUCAAAAGGCUUCAACUUUAAAGAUUCAAACCUGGUUUCCUGGAUAGUUCUAAGUAUUUUACAUCCACUAACAGCAAAAACGUCCUGGGUAACAGCUUGAUAUUCAAAAUAUUACACAAGUUUGAACGUGCCGAAAAAAACUUCGCACUUUGACUCCUGAAAAAAGAACUUUAUAACUGUUCUGGAAACAUGUUUUGUAUUAAAUUUCAGGUAUUGUUGAAAGUUUUUAGCUUUUUUCCUUGUUGAAGUACAGCUAUUUAGUGGUUGAAAACAGACAUCUUUUUGGUGGCGUAUUUUCCACUCCAUACGUACAUGGCGGCGGCCUUCAAUUUGGCUUCAAAGAUGGCCGCCAAGUUAUCGUUCCAGUUCCCUUAGAGUUCACUGGAGUACAUGUACCCUCAUCUGAACAUUCAUAACUCAUACACUCGUUCACAUCCAUCAGAACAAGAAAAUAGCAGCACAAAUUGCAAGUGUAAACAAGUCUUUAGGUAGAAAAAAAUGUCACGUAUAUAAUGUUGUAUUUGUUUUUCAAAUAUAUCAAAUCCCUAUCCACUGUAGUGUCUGCAAAACCUAAACCCAAACCAAAACCUGAAGUCAGUGUUCCUAAGAAGGAAAAUGACAAGGUCAAGAAGGAAAAGAAGACUAAGCGUCCAGUUCCUGUAAAUUUCAAGGUAUGUAUCAUUUGUACAAAUCUUUUUUGGUGGUUAGAUCAUGUGCCAGGAUUUUAUUUUAUUUGCAUGCGGAGGGCUUGGUUGUGUCCUGGUUUUUGCUCCUUCCAUAAAAUUGCCACUAGUGUUACUUGGUUAUUUGAUAUCAAUAAUAACUACAGUGUCAAUGUUGGCAGAAAUAAACUGGAUUUUGAUAGUAUCUUUGAGCAUUUCAUUUUUGAAUGUACUUUCAUUGUCACAUCCUACAUUACAUACACCUUUUUGCCAUCAUAAACUUAGUUUUAGUUUAGUUUAACUGAACUUUUAGGAAAAGCAGUUUAGAAUUAUCCGUGUAGAAUUAUCUGUGUAGAAUUAUCCGUGUAGAAUUAUCCGUGUAGAAUUAUCCAGUAUAAAUACUAUCACUAGAUCUCCAGAAAGUUUACAGUUUAGAACUGAUAGAGCUAUCCAGUAUAAAUAAAGUUAUUUUAGUUCAUGGAAAACCUAAGAUAUAUACUAAUUGCUCGUGUACUGUAUGUGUUAAUUUUCUCAUAUUAUAUAUUUUAUUUCACUGAAGGCAACGAGUGUGACACGUGCUAUAGCUACAAUGCAGGGAAUCGAGGAAGAGUCAGAGAGACGACAAACAUUGGUGAAUCAAAUGAGAUUGGAUGCAUCCAGUUCUGAAGGAAUUAAACAACUGAAAGGUAUAACAUUUUUAUUUGUAAGAAAUUAAUAGUAAAAAGUUAUGGGUGCAAGAAGGUUAUUUAAUUUCGAUAAGAUAUGAUUUCAAUGAUUGGUAAUUGACUUUUUCAGAUUAUGCUGGAGGAAACAGGUUUUCGUUGGAAUUUGAGGAGUCAAGUACAAAAUAUGAAGAUCUUUUUCAAUCGCUGGAAGAUGAAAGUCGACAUCGUCAAGUUUUGGUCAACGUAUUAGAAGAUGGUGAUGCUUACUACCAGGCCUCUUUAAAAGAAGCAACAAUUAUUGCAAACGUACGCAAUUGUCUUUCUUCUCUCUAUACUUUUCAAACUAUCAGUUAACCAUCAUUUUUGUUCAUUUCGCAUUUCACUAAUUUUUAUGUUUGCUUUUUUCCCAGGCCUAUCGUUCAUUCGGCAACAGGUUACACUCAAUGAAGAAGAAACUGGACAACAAAAUUCGAAAAUUUGCGACUGCAGAGAAAGAGGCCCCAGUUUCUGCUCCCAAAGCAUCAUUCCUUGCUUCAGGACUCUCGGGAAUCUUGGAACAGAUGAAUGAAAGUCCUGCUGGAACGCCGAGCAGGUCGGAAACAGAGAAAAACGAUGAUGCGAAAGAAGGAGAAAAGGCAGACGGAAAUGAAGGGAAUGACAAUCAGGACGAAGCUGAGGGGAAAAUUGUUGAUCCGAGUGUAGACCACGUGGAAGUUUCGGAUAUGGAACUCGAUUCCGAAUCUGAAAACGGAGGAGAUGAUACAGAACCUGGCGCUGCUCCACAAUUGUCGGACACAAACUCAAGCACAAGUGCUGUAUCAACUCCUAAACCUGUCCCAACUGGGUCAGCUGUGACCACCCUUUCACCAUCUUUGAACAUAGCUUCACCUUCUGUCCAACCCAAACCUCAAUAUGGUUACACAAUGACUGUUAAUAAUAGUGAAGGGAAUGAAACUAGUUCUCCUGCUUCACACAACUCGGCACCUUCCCCCGACGGUUCACCCGAUUUGAACUUGGAAAUCUACGAGGGACCUCCAGCAGCGAAUGCUCUGCCCAGUGACCAGCUCGGUGUAAUGACAAACCAAAGUUUCUUAGGCGGAGUUACCAACGAGCAGAAACCGGCAGCUGGUAGCCCUGGACCAAACACAAUGAACUUGCUAGCACAACUGAUGAACAAGCAAUGGCGGAACGAUGGUAGCUUUGUUGAAGGAGCAGAUAGCCCUGGACAGGGUUCGAACACGUCAAACACACUUGUACAAGACGAUAGCAAUAGAGGACCACUUAUAAAUUUACUUGGAAACUUAUUAAAUCGGCCAUUGGUUCAUUCACAGGCAAAUCAAGUUCUACAACAAGGGGAAGUAAACCAAAGUGGAGACCAGGUGGCGGAGGAGGGUAUUCAACAAGAAGCUACCAACGUGGAAUCAUUUGAUCCUGCUGUGGCUACAGAUCAAGUUGAGUCCAAGUUGACAGAUGUUGCAGAGGCAGCAUCGAAGCAUGACUCUGGGCCAAGCACAGACGAAGAAGGCGCUGCUGGAGACAACACGCCUGAACAUGGCUUGGACUUCGCUCAAGCAUCUCCAAUCAUACUACGAUCAGAUACAUUGUUUCCCCAUCCUCCGAUUCCUCCCAAUUUUUCUGGUCCUGGCCAAAUGUUUCAAAAUCGACCCCCUAUGGGAAGCCCACCGUUCGUAUCUCCUGACAGAAUGCCACGGUUCCCUAAUGAGCCUGGUAUGUUUAUGCGUGAUGGUCCUCGAAGAACUUCCAUGGAGGAACAGUUGAUGGAAGAACAACACCUUAGAUCACCUGGGAUGAGAUCCCCACGGAUGCAAGGGCCGCCUAUGGAAUGGAAUCGUGGGCCUCCAUUUGGACCCCGGGGAAAUGUUCAGCCUGUUAGAGAGAGUCGAGAUCCGCGUCUACGUCGUCGUGAGAUGAUGGGUAGGUCUACGGAGGGUCCCCCUUUUAUAGAUAGGGUUCCUCCUAUGGAGAUACGAGGUAGACCCCCAGGAAUAGGACAUCCUGCUGAUCGGGAUGGGGUUCCAACGUUUAUGGAAAGACAGGGACACGAUAUACGGAGGGAAGAGAUGGAGAGAGAGGAAAUGAUACGAAGACGUCUAUCGGUGGGUGAUGAAAGAGAUGGCCCUAUAUCUAUAGAAGAAAGGCGUAUUUGGGUGAUGGGGGAAGGUCGCCCUCCAAUGGAAAUGAGACCAGAACUGCAUGGCGAGAGGAGGGAGGGACCUUUCCCUUUUGAAAGGCAUCUUGGUGUGGAAAUAAGAGAAAGUUUCCAUCCUAUCGAAAGACAUAUAGAUGGAUCCUUACCUUUAGACAGGAGGGAAGGCCCUCACCCUCUUGAGUUACGGGGUGGUCCUCCACAUAUGAGGGGAGACAUGAAUCAUCCAGUAGAUAGACGCCAUCCCAUACAUCCCAUGGACAGACCAGACUUACCUAGAGAAAGAAGAGAACCCCUUCCCUUUGACCCCAGGGGGCCACCCAUGGACAGGACAGAACCCCACCACUUUGAAGCUAGGGAACCACCUGUUGAUCAUCCCAUGGAUAGACCUGACUGGCAUCCAACAGAGUCCAAUCCAUUUGACCAAAGAGGACCACCUAUUGAACAACUAGAUGGUUCCCACUCAACAAGGGGACCAGCGUUCGAUGGCCCCCACCCAGUGGGACAUCAAAAUGAAUUCCAUCUUCUUGAAGGCGCUCCUGACGAAGUCCCUACGUCGGAGGAAGAGUUACCUGAUGGUGAGGACCGUGGUGAUAAAUCUACAGUAGGGGUUAUGCCCCAGGAACAAAAUCCUGGGGAGGUAUUCCCCGAGGGUGGGGACGAACGUCCGCCAGUACAUAUACACGAAGGACCACACCCAAAACUGGACAAACCUGACGAUUUGCAUAAUGAAAUGAAGUUUAACCAAACUGAGGGUCCACGUCAGAAUGAACAAUUAGGUGGACCAAUGUUCCGCCCUGGUAUGAGACCCCAACUAAGACCCUUGGACGAACGGUCUAUGUUUGAUAUUCGACCAGAAUUUCACAUGGACGACCGUGGUCCAGCGUUUGGACCUCCCGGACGAAGAGACGAUAAUAGACCCAUCCGGCCUAUCGGCGGUCCGUUUGGGCCUCGCCAUGAAGGACGGGGACGUUUUCCAGGUCCCCGAAACUUUCAUCCGAACUUUGGACCCCGACAUUUUAGGCCUCGUCAUGAACAUGAAGGUGGUCGGCCUCGCUUUCACCCCAUGCGUGGUGGCCCUCGUUUAAAACGACCUGGACCACGCUUUCAUCCAGAUCCUGCUAAAAGACCGCAUUAUUGAAAUACAAACGUCGUGAUUGAUAUUUUAAUAUUAAUUUAAUCUGGAUUAAAAUGAGCCAGAUUAUCAGUUGAUUGUAUGUAAGCAAUUGUAUCAUACAUGUCUAUUCGCUAUGCUUUUAAAUAUAGAGUUUUAACUAUGAUUAAAUAGAUC